CUGCAGCCCCAGCGCUGUCACGUUUUCCUCCUUUGUCUCACCAGAGUUUAACAUCAAUUUUCAAAACAUCUACCCGGUAUUUAGUUUAUCAAUUGAUAGUGAUAGUUUGGCGAUAGUUUGGACAAUUUUUUGGGGUUUGUUGUGGCAUUUUGUGGAGGGAAAUAGUGAUAUUGAGUGGAGAAAUAUGGGGCGCUGCACCCGGCCUGGAUUAGGGUGUCAGUCGCGCGUCCUCCGAUCAAUUUGUUCCACAGACGAGAGCAAUUAUUCGUAUUAAUAUUAUUAAUCAAUCUUUUCAGUCGUACCUUAAUUUUGCAUUCGUCCAAAAUGGAGGCGGGUGGAUGGGAUUUUGUAGUUGUAUCCACGGGUUUUUGGGGGAAUUGUCGAUAUUUUGGGGGGUGAGGGGUUGGAGGGGCUUUUUUUUUCUGAUUAUCACGAGGUGAGACAAAGACCUGAGGUCUCAGUUGAGAGUGAUUGGACUGUGGAUAUGGUUGAUUGAUCGGCCUUUCGUUAUUGGUGUUUUGAUGGCUGAAUGGAGAUGGACACUUGUGCGACGUUCCAGGAGUCGGGGCAAUGGGAAUUUUUUUCACGAUUGACAGCUCAUGCGCGAGGACAAAGAGGGAAUUAAUAAAAUGGUUGGAGAUGUGAAAUGUGGAAUUCCAGUGGAUAAAGUUGAAUUUUUUCUUUGAUCAACUCUGAUAAUGAUGAGAUUGAGGAUGGUACAAUGAAAGCACGGAUUAAACCACGAGUAUUCGUUGAUGAGGGUCUGACAGACAGAGAGAAGACUGUGGCAUUCAUCAAAAGCACUGGGCACUAUUAAAGUUCGGUGUUAUGUUAGAGUCGGUAGUUCAUCCUCUUCGAGGGCGCCAUUUGCUCGCCCUCCUGCUGAUAAUCUCGGCUCAAAUUCUCCGAACGCACUCGGCAGCUUUUCCGGACUGGACAGAUUGUCCAGCAGUAUGCCGUUGUCGGUGGACAUCGGGAAAAAAAUCAGCAUUCUGUCCAGAUGCAGGUCUUACAUCGCUGCCAGCCUCGCUCGAUCCGGAGAUGCAAGUGCUCGACCUGUCCGGUAACAAAAUGACCGCAUUGCAAUCUGAGAUAUUCAAACGGGCUGGCCUCGUCAAUCUGCAAAAGGUCUUUCUCCGUAACGCUGGCAUUCAUGAAAUACACCCGGACGCCUUCAGGGAUAUGCGAAUCCUGGUGGAAGUUGAUCUCUCCGACAACCACGUGACAUCACUAGAACCGGAUACCUUUCUCGGUAACGAGAGACUGCGAAUUCUCACCCUAUCCGGUAAUCCCCUGAAAAGAUUGAAAUCUCACCAAUUUCCGGAGCUCGGACACUUGAGAAAUCUCGAGUUACAGCAUUGCGCAUUAAUUGAAAUCCACGGUCUAGCCUUCACUGGAUUAACCGGUCUGGAAUCCUUGAAGCUGGACAACAAUCAGCUGUCGUACCUCGAGUCAAGAACCCUGUCUGCUCUACCAAGCUUGAAGACCUUGACCCUUGACAACAACAAGUGGUCCUGCGACUGCCGAUUGAAGGCCUUCCGCAGCUGGUUAAUCCCAGAAACACCGCGAAAGCUCUACUCGGUCUCUCAAAUCUGCACAGGACCAUCUCGCCUGCAGAAGCGUCGAUGGGAGGACACCAAGCCCUCGGAGUUUGCUUGCUCCCCCGAAGUUGGUCUGUUCGCCAACAAAGUCCAAGAGGAGGUAAAUGGAAACUUGAGUCUCUCCUGCUCAGUCUCUGGAGAUCCUGAACCCGAGCUGUGGUGGCUGUUCAACGGUUCACCAAUCAACCUGACACGUCCGGACAAUCCAACGAGUAGCAUAAUCGUCACAUCAAACUCCAACAUUCACAGAUCAUCGGAGUCGGAUGUCCCAAGGAAAUGGAGCAACAUAACAAUCUACAAUACAAGUGACUCUGACGCCGGAGAGUACUCCUGUCACGCCAAGAAUCUCGCUGGUACUGAUCACGAGACCGUGAAUAUUGUAGUACCACGAGUAUUAACAGCCCCAACAUUAUCCCAAACAGACAAUUGGUUGUUGUGGGUCAGUUUGGCUGGUGGUGGAGCUGUUGCACUGUGCGCUUUCAUUUUGGCAGUAUUAUUGACAGUUUGCUUGUGUGGUACCUCGAGACGACGGAGCCGAAGGGAGAAGGUCAAACUCCAGGGCAGCACCAGCUUCGGUGAUCAGGAGAAGAAGCUGCUGGAUCUGUCAGUGACAACGACAACCCCAAAUAACAAUGACAGGGGCAGUGGUCAGGGCAGUCUUGCUGAGACAUCCUGCAGUCCUGGUGAUCUUGAAUUAGCUGAGAGAGCAUCCAUAUGUGACGCUGCCACUGUCACUGUUGAGAGACUCAGGUCUGACUGCAGCAUACAGACUGUCAGAACUGUCAAUUGUCCCACUGGCUUUCUACCACCACCACCUGAAUUCACUGGUGGUGGUGUACUACCUUCCGGAAUAUUCGGUAAUAUAUUCAUAUCGGUGUCAAUGCCACAGGAUUCGGAGAGAUGCUAUCCUGAUCUACUUGAUAUUCCGGUGCAUGCACCGGCGAUCAUUGAUAAGUGUCAUGUUUCGAGUGCAUUACCAACUGGCUCAAUUAUAUCCAGUUUUGCAACAUUACCGAGGAGAACACUCAGGACUGAUAGUGGCUCGCAGUAUGAUAAUAUGGGGCCACGUGUCACUGCCACUGGUAGCUCGACAUUCUCGUUGACCGAUGAUUUGAGGCUGUCACCACCACCACCCCCACCAUGUUUUAUUAAGCCACCCAUUGAAUUUGUCUCGUUGUAAGGAGGGGGACACGGGGGCUUGACGAUUUUUCGUGUGUUUGGUACUGAAUCGAGUUUUUAAGUAUUUUAAUUAAGAUUCUUUGUGGUGUGAGUAUCGCGUUCGGUGGGAGAAUUCUGAGCGAUUGCGACUGGCGCUGUAAUGUCUGAAAAUUAUUUAUUCAGACAUGAGUAUUCCCUGGGAAAAUAUCUUGAUAUUUCCUAGGGGAAGUUUGCGAAUUUCUUAUUAAGUGAAUUGUGGAAUUUCUGGCAGAAAAUUCGAUUUGGAAGACCUGCGGAUAUUUUGACGGAAUUCUUCCACUCGCGAUGAUUGUGAAUUUGAUCGGUUGAGUGGAUGUAUGUCUUCCUCACUCGCAAGGGGAAAUUUGUUGUUGCUAAGGAGAUGGGAUGGAAUAGUUACAAUGAGAGAAUUAAGAGAAGAAUUUGAAAGUUUACGAGCAAAUGUUAGAGGAUUUUAUUCGUGGGAGGAAGAAUGGAUUUUCCAACGAAAACGAUUGUUCAAUAAUUUCCACUGGAACAUUCUAAACAAAAUAAAUCUAUCUCCGAUGAAAUAGAAACGGAUAGAAUUCCAAGAAUAAAUUUUCCUAUUUGAAUUAGCCCGGCUAUCGUCCCAAUGCCUCGUUCAAGACGAUGGGCACUUCCAUGUAGAAAUCUCACAAAUUUAAACCAGAGAAAUGAUCAAUCCCAAACGUGCAAUCCCAAUAAAGAUAUUCCAAUAAAGCCAUAACCCAUGAAUUUCUAACAACAAAUUUUUCACUGCGAAGUAGUCCCUUUAAUUAGAUCAAUCUACUGAUAAAUUUCAUCAUAUUGUAAAUAUUUCAUGGAUUAUAAAAUACCUUUCUUCGUACUCUCACGUAUUGAAAAGAAAAAGAGAAAACAUUAAUAAUACAAUUUAAAGUAUAGUAUUAAGGUUACGAAAAGAGAUAAAUUUGUGAGGUAAUUUUAGAUAAAUCAUCAGAGCAAUUAACAAUUUAAUUACUGGUUUUUUCGAAUGUAUCUCGUUCCAUCUCCUUCAUCUCACCCUUAUCCACUUCCCUAUCCGUUAUGAGAGCACAUACACACAGAAAACACGAGGUGUAUCAUUAGUUUGUUAACACUACCUAUGUAAAUAUUUGUUAUAAUAUACCAUAACGUAUAAAAGGAUAAAUGAGACAAAAAAAAAAAUAUAUUAAAAAAAUGGAUUAAUGAUAAUUUGCGUAGUAAAUGAGCAAUCUUACGUGCCAGAAUAUUACGUGCGUAAUUAAGUGAAACAUCAGUAAAAUCGGUAUUUAUUAUGAACGCUUUGUCAAUUAAUAAAAUGAUUGAAAUUUUAUCUUACAAUUUUUGAUUUUUUUUUUAUCAUUGUUCAUUAACAAUCGAGAUUUCGAGGUUUGAGAAGAUGUGGGUGGUGAUAAGCUUGCAUAUUUUAUUUUGCUCUUCUUCAAUUUUUUAUUUACUUUAGAUUUCAAUUUGGGUUUGUUUAAAAUUUUUCUAUGCGUUUGAG